AUGACAGGCAAGGCCAAUGUCGAGGAUGAGCGGAUGAGACGGGAUAAAACAGAGAGGUCGAUUCACUGCGGUAGCUACUGGAAAGAUUCGGGGAAUGUUACUAUGGCUUGUUUUGUAGUUGUGCCAGAAGAAAAAAUGAAAAAUAAAAAAAAUGAGCGGGAGAAUGCGAUGGAAGGCAAUGAGCUGAGAUUGGCUGGUGAGGGGACGAAUAGAUGGCCUAACCAACGGCGGAGGGGUUUUGAGAAGGACACCGGAGCCCAGACCAAGCCGCCAGCACAAGCGCGGGCGUCCAUUGGCCAAUCGGCGUGGUUUGCGGGGCGAGAGCAGCAGGAGACAGAGCCGCUAGUCGAUAUUAAGUAUUUGCCUGGCGCUGGUUUAGAAGAGGCGCUGGUUGAUUAUAAAUCCAACCGUGGGGGCCAUCUUCCUCCCCUUGUGGCUUUUUCGGGAUGUCAGACGGCGCUCAAACUCUCCGCGCAACUUGCAAAGUUGCAAGGAACCUUUUUGCCAUCCCCCUCCCUGUUUCCGCGCCCUGAGAACUUUAUCACGCCCAAUCUUUCUGGUUGGCUCCCUCGGCUCCACCGACGUCAGCCUCCAUCCCGCAAUGACUCAACUGCCGGGCCACCCAUCUCCGGAUACAAUUACCCCGAACUCCGACUCGACUCCAAUUUUAAAAUGUUCGCAGGUUAUGUACAGUAUCGUAUCCUUGAAGAGGCCCGGUCGAGAAAAUAA